AUGUCCGACCCAAACGCUCACGCCUCUCCUUGGUCUGGCCUUUCCUGGGGCCCCUACCGCACCAUGUACGUGGCCUACUACAAGGUCAAAGCUACCGAGCUGGGAGCUGCGAUGGAAGCGGUCAUCAACCUGCCUGACUUGCAGCACGUGAUCCCUCGUCUGGACAAAGACGCCCUGACCCAGGGCGAGCUUCGCUACACUCUCACCGUCCGGUGUGACCCUUGCGAGCUCGACAUAAUCUCCUUUGUUCGCCACGCAGAGAAGAUCGCGGAACUUGAGUGGGUGAAGCGUCACGCGCCCGAUCGAUCGGACAUGGUGCUCAAGGACGUCCCUCAGAGCAAGAUCCUUGAAAGCAUCCUCGACUCCGAGCACGCCCCAGUCGAUCCCAAGGCGCGCGAGCAGUACCUCCAGCGUUUCUUCUCGAUCGACCUCGAAGACGGCCUCAUCCUCCGCAUGCCCGCGCGCGGCGACAAGCUCCCUCACCAACGCGAGGCCGACGCUUGGUACGAGGCGCUCCUCGACAGGCUCGCUUGGCUCUGCGUCAAAUCCAACGACAAAGAUCCUUGGUGCAAGAUCCGUUCGGACUUCAACGAGGUCUUCGACGGACUCAGCAGCGUUCUGCAGCGACGCGCAAAGUUCUCCGAGCUUCACGUCAUCGAGGGACCUGAUCCGUAUGAGGAGUACGAGCAGGACUGA